UUUUUGCUUGGACAUUAAUGCAAAGACGAAAUAAUUGAAGCAAGUCUGAAGACAUUUCGAGAUGAAGUCAAUUCUCUUGGUGGUAAUUGUACUGCAGGUUUUCAACUCCUCAGGUAUAGAUACUGUAUGUUGUAUGAAGCAAUACUAACCACAAGCCAAGAUAUACUAUACAUCAUGUCACAUAAUUCAAAUAGCUUGUUCUACCAGUCACGGGAGGACUAAAUCAGUACUGUAUAAACUAACUUAAUAAAGUAUAAUUAUUAUUCUAUCAGUUCUAAACUUACAUUCAGGUCGAGUAUAUAAGCCUUACCAAUUCCUGAAUUAUUUAUAUGUGAGCUGGAUCUGCUUUAUCACUCCUGUAGCUGUUCUUCAUAGAUAUUCCGUAAGAGCCAUUCUUUACUAGUAGAAAUUGUGAAGGCCAUAUUGCUUUUCUUGCAAUCGGACUGAUCGAAACUGUGCGACCAAAGACAGAUAGCCCCAACUAUACAUGAAAAACUAAAAGAAUAAAUGUUCUCUUUGUUUUUCUUUUGCAGUGCAUGGCGGAGAAACUGACGUGGUUCGAAUUUUCGAUGAAAACUUGAAGUUAACAGAAGAAAAAAUGAGAGGAUACCUAAAGGAAGCAGAUCUGGAAGGGCAAGGAUUCAUCAAAACCGUGGAAGUCUCCACUGAAACUGACGAAAACGGUAGAAUCACAAGAAAGAGAACAAUUUACUACAGAAAGACAGAUGAUUGCUCAAGAGUCAUGUUUUGGGAAAGUGUUUUGGAACAACGCUUGCCAAAGGGAUUGAGAAAUUCGAAACUCGCUUCAACCACCGUGAAAGAGGUCCAACGUCGCAUCGCUGGCCGCAAAACAAAGAGCUGUACCGUCGGUUUGGAAAUCCAUCCAGAUCGAUGUAUAAACGAAAUUCCAGGCGGCAACAAUGUGAGCAAACGUCGGGUGGCAAGGGGAUGCAGCUGGUGUGCUGCAUGCUGGAAUGCUGCCAUUGUUUAUAAUGAUUAAAUCUCUAGGUUGAACACCACUGAGCUAUACAUAAACUCAAUGGUUAACACUGGUAUACCCGAAUAAAAACUAAACCUCAUGAGUCAAGCGUAUAACCAAAAUGAUCACAACAUCUGAACUAAAUGGAAUUUUUUACCGUAUAGACUGUAGUCUUACAAUGUUAUUUAUAUACAACAUAUGUAUUCUCUUAUACAGUAUACUAUAGUCAAGUUAAGCAAUAGACUUCUGUUUUGUAUGUACACUUUAAUUUGAUUCAAUAAAACUUUGAUCAUGCAUGUUGCGAUGUUGGCACUAUAGUCUCCAACAUAGAGUAAGGGUGCAGGAAUGUUACGAAGCAUCAGGCGUUUAAAGAAGGGGGGGGGGACGUCAAAGGAUUUUUUACCUCAAUUAGAUUUUUAACUUUAAAAUUUGGAAAUUACGAUAGACUCUUAAUUUGCAUAUAUAGUUGGCACAAUAAAGGGGUUGGUUGGGUGGUGGACAGGCCAGACAAACGCGAUUUUGGGUGGGGUUGGGGUAUUCCGUGGCCAUGUUACUCCAGGAAAUUUUGAAAUCUAGAGGCCCUUACCGGUUCUGGCGAAGAUUUGUCCUACCCAACUACUUUCAAACCACGCUGGUAACUGGGAAUAUUCAGUGCAUAAUAACCUUAAAUUUGAAUUUCGGGCAGCAAAGAACAUUUUGUUCUCCUACUCUAAUCCGCCUUUUUGGGGCUUCGCUUGCCCCAAAUGUCGCCCCAGCACGCACGUGAGCUGUGAAAAUAAGGGGUAUGGGGGCCAUUCCCCACAGGAAAUAAUUUUACUGCAUUUCUGGCAUGUCUGCUGACGAGGAGGGUAAGAAGCAGCAGGUGUUUG